AUGCCCUCCGAAAUGAUUGAAACUGCUGUUGACAAAAUGCUUGUUCCAGCUAAAUUAACACCAUCAACUAAACCUGAAGAAAUAAUAAAACGAGAUGAAAAUCGUUAUCCACGAAUGACAAAAGAAUUCAUUAAAAAACAUUGCAAACAACAUAAACUAUAUCAAACACCUUAUUUAAAUGAUGUUCUUUAUUUACAUUUUAAAGGUUUUGGUAAAAUUGAAAAUUUAGAAGAAUAUGUUGGUUUAAAAUGUCUUUGGCUUGAAUCAAAUGGUAUACAACGUAUUGAAAAUCUUGAUCAACAAAUCGAAUUACGUUGCCUUUAUUUGCAUCAAAAUUUAAUAAGUAAAAUUGAAAAUUUAAGUCAUUUACAACAUUUAGAUACAAUUAAUUUAUCAAAUAAUUAUAUAACAAAAAUUGAAAAUUUAUCAAUGUUACCAAAAUUAAAUUCACUUUAUUUAUCACAUAAUAAACUUGAAUCAGUUCAAGAUAUUGAACAUUUAAAAGAAUGUAAAACUUUAAGUGUUCUGGAUUUAUCACAUAAUAAUAUUGAAGAUGCUGAUGCUGCAGAUGUUUUUAGUCAAAUGCAAAAUAUACGUGUAAUUAAUCUCAUGGGUAAUUCAGUAUUAAAAAAUAUUAAAGAUUAUCGACGAACAAUGACACUUGGAUGUGCUAAUUUGACUUAUUUGGAUGAUCGACCAGUCUUUCCAAGAGAUCGAGCAUGUGCCGAUGCAUGGGCUCGUGGUGGUCGUGAAGCUGAACGUGAAGAACGUCAAUUAUGGGAAACAUCUGAACGAAAACGUAGUGCAAAACCUGCUGAUGAUUUAAUGCUUAUUCGUCGAUAUUAUUUGGGCAAUCGUGGUGAAAAUGAAGUUGAUAUACAACAAAGUGAAAAUGAAUUAAGAGGAGAAGGAGAAACAACUAACGAAGAAACAGAAGUAGUAAACAAUGAAGAUGAACCACCUCCACUUGAAGAUAUUGACGACUCAGAAGCAGACGAUGAAGAAGAAAACGAAGAUGAAGAUGAAGAUGGAAAUGAAAAUGAAAAUGGAAAUGGAAUUGAAAAUAAAGUUGAAAAAGAAAUUGAAAAGGAACCUGAAAAAGCAAUUGAAAACGAAACUGAAACGGUCAUUGAAAAAGGAAUUGAAAAUGAAAUUGAAAAGAAAAUCGAAGAAGGGACUCAAAAGGAAAGUGAAAAAGGAGAUGAAGAGAAAACUGAAAAAGGAAUUGAAAAUGAAGAGAAAAAGGAAACAACUGAACCAGUUAUAAAUACAGUGGUAAUUGAGAAGCCAAAGGAAGAUGAUAUAGAUAUUCCAUUUAUUCGACCACCAUUACAAAAUGUCGUGGAUCGUUCGUCAUUUGAUACUAUAUUCGGAGGAAAUCAAAAAUCUAAUAAAGAUACAAAUGAAAAACCAGUAAGAUUGAAAAUUAUUGAUAUGGAUGAUAUUGAUGAAGAUACUCCAUCAACUGAUAAACUCCAAGAACCUUCCAUUACACAACCAUCAACAACUCGAAAAUUAAUCGAAGAAUUAUAA